AGGAGGUAGUGGAGAAGGAAGAAGAAGAAGGUGCCGCCGGCGUCGGGAGGGAGGAAGGAGCACGAAGCGGUGCAUCCUGCCGCCGAGGAGACUCGGCCGGUGACAUCACCGCUGGAGCUGCUGAGAGACUCGGAAAAUGGCUGCUGCGAGAAUGUUUUUUAGGGGACUUUUCCUAAAUCUUAAGGAUGAUAAACAGAGAAGACAAAAGAAAUGAAGAGAGAAAGUUAAAACCUCUCAUCUGAGAUUUGACCUCAGAAGGGAAAUCCUGGAGGCGAAGUCAUUGCAGAGGAGAAGUAAAAGAAGGAAGUAUCUGUGUGACAAGAAAGCCACUUAACAAUGAAAAAAUUCACACUGUUUGAUUUUGUAAAUGAUAAUUCACUGCAAAUUGGAGAGACUUCGUGGAUCCAGGACCUUCCCUGUGAUGACAAUGAACUAGAAAGGCUUCUGAAACCAAAUGAGCACGUACUAGUAAACUGGCCUGUGGGAGAAAGAAAGACAGAAAAGCACCUGGUGAAAGUUGUGUACAUGAGUGAUGACCCCCAAGAGCUGGUGGAAAUGAUGCAAAAGAUAUUACGAGCAGAUGAAAUCACAAAAAUACAAGUCCUUGGAAAAGGCAAGAGGAAGAGGAUAGAAAUGAUAUUCUCAGAAAGUGAGGACAGUGACCUGGAUAAGGAAAAGGGGAAGAUGAUGAAACAUAUAAAAAGAAAGAAAUCAUUGCAGGCAUCUGCUCCUGCCAACAUCCUGAGUCAACUUGAAACAUCUCUAAUUAACAAACAGAGAGAACCAUAUUCAGGAAGCAACUUUCUAUACAGUGAAAGUAGCAGUGAUGAUGAAGAGCCUUUAUUUCAACUCUCCAAGAUAGAACUAUGUGCCAAAAUUAAAAGUCUCAAGAGGAAGCUGACAGAUACCAUGAGAGAAAAUUGCCGCCUAAGGCAAUCCCUGGUGAUGCUUCAAGUGUUGCCACAGGCAGUCACUCACUUUGAGGAACUGGUAGGGAUGGCUGAAGCGCUGCUCAAAGGGGGAGUGACAUCAUCCACGUCCAGUCUGCAUCCACAUGCUGUUUGGAAGGCAUCUCACAAUCCAUUAGCAGAUUCCUGUGUGGCUAUGCAUAGUAACUCCAGCUCACCAAUAACUUUGAAUGUGGAAGAUGAGGAACAACAGACUGAAAAACAGUUCAAGAUUGAAAAGUGGCAGAUUGCACUUUGUAACAAGAGCAAACCUCAGAAAUUUAUAAAUGACUUGAUGCAAGCACUUUAUACACAUGAAUACAUGGCUACACACAGCCUGACAGGUGCAAAGUCCUCUUCUUCAAAGGAUAAAGCGGCAAAACCAGCUAUGAAUCAGAAUGAAGUUCAGGAAAUCAUAGGAAUCACAAAACAGUUGUUUCCAAACACAGAUGAUGCUUUAAUUAGGCGAAUGAUGGGACAAAAACUGAACAAUUGCACCAAGAAGCCAAUUUUAAGCAAAGACCUUAACUCAGGUGCUUUUCAGAAACAUAGCUUUUGUGGUUCAACAGCUGCUCCUCAGGGCAUCAUCUCUUCGGCUGUUCCUCCUUGUACACGAGACCAGCAGGAUGAUGAUUCACCAGCUGCUAAUGCACAACUUCAAAGUGACAGCUGCCUGACUCCUCCACCUCCCACCCCAGAAGGUCAGCAGGAGUGUUCCAAACCCACUUCUUCUAAGGUGGAGUCUCAACUCACCAGCAGCUCACCAGCGCCCUCUCCCAACCAGGGUUGUGGACAGGAUCUCAGGAAUUCAGACAAGGAAUAACAGGUGUUUCAUUCCAGCUCAUGUGCUCAACAGAGAUUAAGAAACAGUAUAAAACAAAAUGAAAUAAUAUCUAAAUUGUACUAGAUAUAUGGUAGUGUCCAACAGCGGACAGAGAUAGAAGCCUGAGAACUUUUUUCUCAAACAAAUGAAAAUCCCAUAGACUAGAAAAAAAUUGAAGGCAUAUUAAUAUAUUUGAAUUUAAGAUGUUAUAAGAUAUAUGCAUGUUAUGCAGUAAUUAAAACUUGUACUGAAAACUACAAGUAGAGUCCCCCUUAGUUAGAAAAAAACAUUAUUUAAAGUACUACCAAAAAAUAUAUAUAUGAGGAACCAUAAUUCCCCUUGCUUUCACCUUGACAGCUGAGGGAAAACUGCUGAACUGAUCAAAGAAAGUUAUUGUUUAUUAAUGCAAAAAUAUAUAGAGAUAUGGAAAGAAGACAGAAAGAUCUCCUAGUGAGAUGAGGACUGUGGCCAGCACUGGAGUAGAAAGCACAGGGCGAGAUGAGCAGAGAGGAAGAAAUGAAAUAGAUGUUUAAGGCUGCUACUAACUUGGAAAACAAAAUAACUUUCCUAGGCCAAUGAAACUAUAACUUUGAAGAUAUCUACAGGAAAGAAGCAGUUACUUUUUAACCUCUCAAAGUAGAAAGACAAUGGAAGAAGCCAUGUUCCUUUGUAGCUCAGGGAAGAGUCCUCCAGGAGAGCCUGUUUAGUUAUGGAAACAAUUCUCCUAUAGGGAUUCUGCUGCUGGUACUCUGCUGGUUUGGCAGCUCUUACUCCUUCUUCUUCCCUGACCAAUAGGUCCAUAGGAUAAGGGUGCCUGGUCCCUUCAGUGGGGAAAUAGAGCACACUUCAGUGGAAGCAACUAGUAAAGGGCAGAGUUGCCAGCUUCUACUCCCUGUGUUUUGAUUUUGGUAUGCUACCCCUUGCUUAGAGAAAAGUGGACAGGCAGAGUAUUCCUCAUGGGACAAGGACCAGAAAAAUCCCAGUAUCUGGGCAGUUGCCCUUGAGAUCUGACUGCACUUCUUCCAGGAAGCAGCUGGCAGUCACACAAACCCUAUAACAGCCUUAGGAGGAGGAAUGGAAGAUACAGGCUUCCCAGGGCAGUGGUCACAGCACCAAACCUGGCAGAGUUCAAGAAGUGUUUGGACAAUGCUCUCAGGCACAUGGUGACUCUGGGGUGUCCUGCACAGGGCAGGAGCUGGCUCAAUGAUCCCGAUGGGUCCCUUCCAACACAGCAUAUCCUGUGGUUUUAUGAUUUUUUUUUCCUUCCUGACUGAUUUCAGGUUUCCAGUGUGCUGACAUGGGAAGGAGAGAAUACCUGGGACUAUAGCUUUUCUGUUUGAGUGUCCUUCCCAGAACUGAGAGUACUAUUAGCUAAAUCUAUUUCAGACAUGGCAAACGAGCAACUAACGAAUCGGACUGGAAAAAUGAAAUUACAUUAUAUUGAAGAAAUCUAGCUUGAUUUAAGGAGGAUUUCAGGACAUCUGAGUUACAGAAAUAAAUUAGAAAUAAUAUGAGGGUGAACACUGAAAAAAAAAUCUGAAGGUUAUCAGCCAAAUACCACUGAAAAAAAAAAAGUGCUGCAAAUCUAACUGUUCUAGAGCAAGGCAGUAAUAGAAGGCACUGUGGAGAAGACUUGUUGUAGGCUGAGGUACAAAUUAAGUGAUUUGCUAUCCUUUUUCAUCUCUCACCUAACAAUUCCUUGUAGAUAAGAUCAGGAUGAAAGCAGGUAUGAAAUAUCUUAGUUCUAUUUCAUGCUAUUAACUACCAUCUAUAAAAUGUAAUAGAAGGAUGUUUGCUAUUAUGUAAAUUUUGUACAUGUAAUUGUAUGUACCGCAUAUAUAAUAGUGUAUAUAGUUAAUAAUAUUUUUGAAGCAACUUUCUAUCAAAUAAAAUGAAACAUUACUAUGUUUUAGUGCUGUUUUAUUGUCCUCACAGUCUAAUGGGCCUUUACUUAGAUCACCUCUGUGAUACACUCUAACAUACAAGGUUGGGUGUUUCUCUUGCUCAUUUUUUUGGUUUUUUUCUUCCUUUCUUUCUCUUUAAUAACUACUCCGAAGCCAGCUUCUGUAAAGCUCAUCAUUUUAUCUGGGGAAGUGUGAUGUUUGUAAGGUCCCCAGGACAAGGUGAGAAAUGAGAAUUUCACUCCAUGUUAUCAGAAGGCUGAUAUCAUAUUAUGUUAUGUUAUGUAUGUGUUGUGUUGUGUUAUGUU